GAGUAAGAUCAAAACUCUCAUGUGGAAGGAGACAGUAGCUGCAUGUUAACGACUAUAGCAUGAUUGAAUCGUAGUUAAAUCCCAAACAAAAAUGAAGAAAUUGUUGGUUUGAUCCAUGAUAACAGAGGGAAACAAUGCUUUGAACUUGCUUUAUGUUCCAACUAUUUUACGAUUUGCUUUUCAUAAAAAGGGUGAAAUUCCGGAGUGCUGCCUUUAGCUUUGAGAAGUCAUUGUUUAAAGGAAAAGAUCACAAGAUAAGAAUCUUUUGCCUUGUCAAACUCCAAAUGCUGUACAGCUAGAAUUUUAAAGAGAAUGGGCAAGGAACAAAUUCUUGCCUUCUCUGUUCAAACGCAUAUUAUGUUCUUUUCUUCUUUUUAAUGUUCUUCUCUUCAAGCCCAAGUUAGAUUAAUAUUCUGUAUUCCAAAGAGUGAGAAAUUGUUUGGUCCUUCUGUAUUUCUAUUUUCCAUAACCAAUCUUGUGUUUCCAUAAAAAUUUCAGCUCGCUUUCAAAGUCCUCUGCAAUUCUCUUUUCCAUAACCAGUCUCGUGUUUCCUUUAAAAUAUCCUGAUCAUAUUUAAAGCCCUUCUGCACUACUCUUUUCCAUUAACAAUCUUGUGUUUCCGUUAAAAUUUCAAUUCUCAUCUCCAUAACCAAUCUUGCGAUUUCAGUUGUUACCAAGACCCAGAUUUUCCAAAGUAAAACAGGCCAUGGCUGAUGCAGUUGUUUCUGCUCUUGUGAGUCCAAUCCUGGAGAACUUGAGCUUGCAGGCUCUCAAAGAGGCUGGGCUUGCUUGGGGCCUUGACACCGAGCUUGAGAAUCUCGAAAGCACCUUCGCAAUUGUUCAAGCUGUGCUCCAGGAUGCAGAGGAGAAGCAAUGGAAGAACAAGGCUUUAGAGAUUUGGUUAAGACGCCUCAAGGAUGCAGCUUAUGAUGUUGAUGAUGUGCUGGAUGACUUUGCAAUUGAAGCUCGAAGGCAUCGGCUGCAAAAAGAUCUAAAAAAUCGACUACGAUCCUUCUUUUCUCUUGAUCAUAAUCCACUUAUUUUUCGAUUGAAAAUGGCGCAUAAGUUGAAAAAUGUGAGAGAGAAACUGGAUGUCAUUGCCAAUGAGAACAAAAAGUUCGAGCUAACAACACGAGUUGGGGACAUAGCAGCAGAUUGGCGGCUUACAAGCUCAGUCGUGAAUGAAUCAGAAAUUUAUGGAAGAGGCAAGGAGAAAGAGGAACUAAUCAACAUGCUGCUCACUACUUCAGGUGAUCUCCCUAUUCAUGCUAUAAGGGGGAUGGGGGGGCUGGGUAAAACAACACUUGUUCAACUGGUCUUCAAUGAAGAAAGUGUUAAACAGCAAUUCGGUUUGAGGAUCUGGGUGUGUGUAUCUACUGAUUUCGAUCUAAUAAGAUUAACAAGAGCCAUCAUAGAGUCCAUUGAUGGUGCCCCUUGUGGUCUUCAAGAACUGGAUCCCUUGCAACGAUGCCUCCAACAGAAGUUGACUGGAAAGAAGUUUUUGCUUGUACUGGAUGAUGUGUGGGAAGAUUAUACUGAUAGGUGGAGUAAAUUGAAGGAGGUAUUAAGGUGUGGAGCUAAAGGUAGUGCUGUCAUAGUAACUACGCGUAUUGAGAUGGUUGCUCAUAGAAUGGCAACAGCUUCUGUCAGGCACAUGGGGAGAUUGUCUGAAGAAGAUUCUUGGCAGUUGUUUCAACAGCUUGCAUUCGGGAUGAGAAGGAAAGAGGAGCGGGCGCAACUGGAAGCCAUUGGAGUAUCAAUAGUGAAGAAGUGUGGUGGUGUUCCUUUAGCUAUAAAGGCACUAGGGAACCUAAUGCGGUUAAAAGAAAGUGAAGAUCAGUGGAUAGCUGUCAAAGAAAGUGAGAUUUGGGAUCUAAGAGAAGACGCAAGCGAGAUCUUACCUGCUUUGAGGUUGAGUUACACUAAUCUAUCACCACAUUUGAAGCAAUGCUUUGCGUAUUGCGCAAUAUUUCCAAAAGAUCACGUGAUGAGGAGGGAGGAGCUGAUUGCUUUGUGGAUGGCAAAUGGUUUUAUUUCUUGCAGAAGAGAAAUGGAUUUGCACGGCAUUGAGAUAUUCGAUGAACUAGUGGGAAGGUCAUUUCUGCAAGAGGUCGAGGAUGAUGGAUUUGGCAACAUAACAUGUAAAAUGCAUGAUCUUAUGCAUGAUCUUGCACAAUCCAUUGCAGCACAAGAAUGCUAUACGACAGAAGGCAAUGAGGAGUUAGAAAUUCCUAAAACUGCCCGUCAUGUAGCUUUUUAUUCCCAACCAGUAGCUUCGUCUUAUGAAGUUCUCAAGGUCCUUUCACUUCGCUCACUUCUUGUGAGGAAUGGUGCUCUUUGGAAUGGAUGGGGAAAGAUUCCUGGUCGAAAACAUCGAGCCUUGAGAUUAACAAAUGUCCAGGUGGAGAAAUUGCCAAAGUCAAUUUGUGAUUUGAAACAUCUGAGGUAUCUAGAUGUGUCAGGCUCCAUGAUCAGAACACUGCCUGAAUGUACAACCUCUCUCCAAAACCUACAGACACUAGAUCUGAGUUCUUGCGGAAAACUCAUCCAAUUACCAAAAGGUAUGAAGCACAUGAGAAGUCUUGUCUAUCUUGACAUCACGGAUUGUGAUUCACUUCGAUUUAUGCCUGUUGGAAUGGGGCAAUUGAUAUUCCUGCGAAAACUUACCCUGUUCAUUGUGGGUGGAGAGAAUGGUCGUCGCAUAAAUGAGCUGGAAGGGCUGAAUAAUCUUGCUGGUGAAUUGAGUAUCACAGAUCUUGUGAAUGUUAAGAAUUUAAAAGAUGCGACAAGUGCCAAUUUGAAGUUUAAGACAGAUCUUUCAUCACUGAAUUUAUCUUGGCAUGAGAAUGGGAAUGGGAAUGGAACAAGUGUUAUUCAGGAAAAUAGCGAGGAGGUCCUUGAUGGGCUUCAACCUCCUUCAAAAUUGAAGAGUUUGAGGAUAUUGGGAUACAGAGGUUCAAAAUUUCCAAAUUGGAUGAUGAACUUGAACAUGACGCUACCAAAUCUGGUAGAUAUGAAGCUAUCAGCAUGUGACCACUGUGAACAACUUCCACCAUUGGGGAAACUACAGUUCCUCAAGAGUCUUGUAUUGCGUGGAAUGGAUGGUGUGAAGAGUAUUGACAGCAAUGUGUAUGGAGAUGGGCAAAAUCCAUUCCCAUCUUUGGAGACGCUGGCUUUUCAGCACAUGGAGGGAUUAGAGCAAUGGGCUGCGUGUAGUUUUCCUCGCCUUCGAGAAUUGAAGAUAGACGGUUGCCCUCUGUUGAACGAAAUGCCAAUUAUACCCUCUGUCAAAACAGUACAAAUCUUUGGAGUGAAUACUUCGUUGCUGAUGUCAGUUAGGAAUUUCACUUCAAUCACCUCCCUUCAUAUAGGAAACAUUCCAAAUGUGAGGGAGCUUCCCGACGGGUUUUUGCAAAAUCAUUCCCUCCUUGAAAGCUUAGAAAUUAGAUGGAUGUCAGAUCUGGAGUCUUUGUCAAAUAGGGUAUUAGAUAACCUUUCUGCUCUUAAAAGCUUGAGUAUUUGGGGUUGCGGGAAACUUGAAAGCUUGCCAGAGGAAGGUCUUCGUAACCUCAAUUCCUUGGAGGUUUUAGAGAUAUGGUUUUGUGGAAGAUUAAAUUGUUUGCCAAUGAAUGGGUUGUGUGGCUUAUCUUCUCUUCGCAAGUUAUCUGUUGGAAAUUGUGAUAAAUUCACAUCCCUAACUGAGGGAGUGCGGCAUCUGAUUGCGCUUGAGGAUUUGGAGCUUGUUAAGUGUCCAGAGCUGAAUUCAUUGCCAGAGAGUAUCCAACAUCUCACUUCUCUCCAAUAUCUAUCCAUUUGGGAUUGUCCAAAUUUGAAGAAAAGGUGUGAGAAAGAUUUAGGAGAGGACUGGCAUAAGAUAGCUCACAUCCCUGACAUUAGAAUCGAUUUCAUUAGAAUCAAUUAAAUUGAAAUGCAAAAUUUGAAAUGAGAAUAAAAUAUAUUUGUUCGUAGUUUUAAUUUGUUGUAAUUGUUUAAAUAAUUUUCUCAAAUUGAAUGUUGUUGUAUUCUUCAUAUAAAUGUGUAAAAAUGAAUGGUUCAUUAUUUGUUUUUAA